CACUGCUCGAGACGGUAGUCACCCACAAGCGGCUCAUCCACGCCCCUGAUCCAUCUCUCAAUGGCAUCUUCACUGGUCCGCAAACCAGUCCCUUCCCCGCAGAGCAGCACUGAUGUCUUUCGCCAAGACCAAAGGGUUCAUCACCCAGCGCCCGUGGGCUUGGGUGCGGAACCAAACAGCCCCGUAAAGCGAGUCGUUGCUUGCGUCGAUGGCACCUGGUACGACGACAACGGCUGCUGCAAUACCCGCUUCGGCAACAACAGCAAUGUCUUUCGCCUGUGGGCCUCCAUCCGCCAGGGCACUUUUGUGCACGGCAACAGAUCGGUGAAGCAGGUCGCUUUCUAUGAAUCCGGUACUGCGUAUGCGAAGCGACCAGUUGACAGCUUCAAUGAUGCUGUGACCAGUGACGGUGUGGUCGCGCAAGUUGACAAGAUCUUUGAGACGUGUGCGACCCAGCUGUCGGAUGGCACAGACGAGCUUUGGCUAUACGGAUUCAGCCGUGGUGCUUACGUUGUCCAAGCUGUUGCCGAUAUGAUACACGACCUAAGUCUUGCGGCCGGCGAAGGCCGCGAGCAAUAUGAUAAUCGAGUCAAAAAGCUGGGGGCUGCACGACGGGAACCUGCUGCAAAGUUGUUCGAUUACCUGCAAUUCAAAGGACGUUCUGGCCAGCCUGCUAUUCAUAUGAUCGGGCUCUUCGACUCGCUCAAGGUGUCUCAGACGAAACAUGACAAAACUUUCUAUCGUUCUAUUGGGAGCAUCCGUCAUGCUUUGGCCCUGACCGAAACCCGGCGAGCAUUCCAGCCCAGCCCGUAUGGUCCUUUUGAAGAUUCUCAGGACAUAGAGAGUCGAUCUAUCAUUGAAGCCUGGUUCGUCGGUUCUCAUGCCGACAUUGGAGGCGGCCCCAGAUAUGAUGGACUGGCGCUCUAUCCUCUUCAGUGGAUGAUGUCGGAAAGUAUUCAGGGCGGUCUCAUCCUUGACGAUCAUUCCCGCGAACGCAACCAGACCAUCACCGAGGACCCCUACAGUCUCGUUUUCCCAUCAGUGCCCCAGGGGGAUAACCAGGAAACACGGCCGAUCAAGUCCUGGGAAUUUAGAUACACUAAUGGGAUUCAUCUCGAGAUGGUCGAUCUUCGCGCCACACACAGACACGGAAAUAUCAAAGCGAGUAAGGGCAAUGUCCUGAAGAAGAAGCCUAGACUCACAAAGACCGUGUCAAAGCCAGAGACCAAAAAAGAGAGUCCCCCCAAAACAGCCGCAACCCUCACCAAAGAAAAGCCAAAAAGUGGUUUCAAAGGCUUGUUCUCGCGGAAAAAAAAGUCUGCCAACAGUCCGCAUCCGCAGCCACCAGAAUCUCUUGUCACCGAGGCAGAAGCGGAUCAAGAUGGAACAGAAGAGCUCGUCAAGAACCCCGGUCCGCGUCCGCAUACUGUGCAGAUUAACCCAGGUGCAGCUCUUCGCAGCCUGAAGUCGGGCGAUCGAGUAGUCUUCAAGGGAGACAGGCUUAUUGGUUUCAUCGAUGAUGCCCCUUGUGGAGCUGUGAUACACCCGUCCGUCUUUUUUGUUCUCGACCUUUACAACCGGCUUGGGAUUGGGGAGUCCUUAGUACCAAUCAACGAUGCGCUCGACACCUUCCGUAAAACAGCGUUCAUGAAGCGCAAGAGAGACACGCUUGACCCUUGGAUUGCGGAGAGCGAGCUUGGUGCACUGGGUCGUGGGGCCUUGAAAGAUUGCCGCGUCCUUGUCUGUGGAAGAGCUGGUGUGGGCAAGUCGACCCUCAUCAACAAGGUGUUUGGCUUUCCCGUGACCCAGGAAUCGUACGACGAUCACGGUGUACACGAUAUAGAAGAAGGUUUUGCUCGAGAUACUUUCCCGGGCCUGAUUGUGCAUGACUCGAAAGGAUUCCAGGGCGGUGCCACAGAGGAAGUCGAACUGCUUGAGAGAUUCGUCAAGAAAAGGGCCUCCGAAGUAGACGCUUCAGAAAGACUCGAUGCCAUUUGGCUCUGCAUUGAUGUGCCAUCGACGAGGACCAUCCACGAGGCCGAUCGCAGGAUAUUUGAGGUACUGGACCAAUACGCAGCGUCUGUACCCAUUGUGAUCGUUCGCACGAUGAAGGAUAGGUUCAUGAACGAGCAUCUCAGCAUUUCUCGCCAAGAACUGAGACAGUCUGGCGUCCGCGGAGAUGAUCUCGACCGUCUUUCAGAGGCCAGAGCCGAAGAAGCUUUUGCCAGAGUGCAGGAGGAAGACAUCAACAAAUUGGAGAGAAGCUUGAAUCUUGCCAAGGAUUUUGCGCCAUUCAUAUACGUCGCGCACAACGAUGAAAACUCUAUUCGAGAUUUGGUGAAGAAGACAAUCAGCCUUGUACCUGACGAAGGCGCAUGUCUGAAUUUGGUUGCGGCUCAGUUGGUGGACGUGGGUGAGAAGAUCAAUGCGGCCAUUGAGGAAUCAGUACGUCUCCUGAACAUAUCGAACUACACGGCAAUGGCUGGAAGCACACUCAUUUUCGGAGCGACUGUGUCGACGCCAACAAUCUCUCACGUACUGUGCCACAACGUCGUAAAGUGCUUUGGACUGACCGAUCUCAAGUCCGAAGAAAUUGAGAAGCUUGCAGACCAGGUGCUCUGGAGCAACCUUGGCAAGUUCCUGCGUCAGAACAUUACCACAACAGUGCUUUUAUGGGGUACAGCGGCUGGUCUGACAGUCGCUAGUGGUUUCGGUGGGAUACCAUUCAUGGCGGGCAUCCCAUUCGCCGCUGUGCCACCUGCUGCACGGAUGGUCUUAAAGUGUGCGUGUGAUAUCAUAUUGAUCCUCACCGCGAUCUUUGACAACAAGGGCAAAGCGGUUAUGCGUGAUGAUUUUGAGCAUGCAUCGCGGAGCUACUCCACUAAGCCAGCCAAGAACGGACUCUCGGUCCGCACAAGAGUCCACCGCGACGUGGAUGCCCUCAUACCAACAUGGACUUUUAAGCUUCAUCAGCCUCUGAAAGUGACAACCAUGCGGACAGAGUUGCGGCGAAUGGUGCGAGAAAACAGAUUCUCCCUGGAGCCUAACAUGGGCCAGAGCAGAACCAUCCCGGCACCAAUUCCAGAACCCGGCAACGGUAUUACAGACCUGCAGGCGCUUCGAGACUGGAAAGAAGCCGAGGCCGCGUCUGAAUUGCCAGGCAGCAGCCCUCUCUCCGAAGACCUGGAUCAAUGGCAAACCCCGGAGCCGGCUCCUCAGCUUUCCGAACUCACUGGGGAGACGGCGGCUCCACCAUUAUACUCGGAACCAGAGUUUAUGGAGAACAAGGUACUGAUCAGCGAUCCGGCACUGCGCCGGGCCAAGGAUAGAUUUGGAUCUGGCCAACUCCCAGAGCCACUGGGUGCGGGACAAGCGCAACCAUUGUCCAGUAUCGAAACCCAGACUGCUGAGUUGCCAGGCAUUCCAGUGAUGAGGCCCGUGGAAUUAUUCGGGUCGGUACCGUCGGCUACUUCGAUCCGUCGCAAGCCUGUGGGAGGAAGUAACACCAUGUCAUGAGGAGAGACACAGAUAUUGUGGCCUAUGGUAUCAGAGGUUCGGAUGAAGAAGAUACUGUUUCCCCGCGAGGGCCUUGGUGAUUCCACCGUGCUUGUACUUGCG